AUGUUAGUGAAACCGAGAUUAACUGCUGUUUUCUGGUUCAUAACAGGUAUUUUGGCUUCUAACGCCCAAGAAUGUGGACGACCACCAUUAAUGAAGGACAGAAUUGUGGGCGGGCUGGAUUCGUCAGUAGGCGAGUGGCCGUGGCAGGUGGAUGUACAGAAACACCCUGAUGGUCAUAUCUGUGGAGGCUCUCUGAUCACGGAAAACUGGGUUCUAUCUGCAGCACAUUGUUUCCCCAAUCCGUCUGAUGUUAGUUCUUACACCCUCUAUGUUGGUCGCUACCAGCAGAAUAGCUUCAAUCCAUACGAGUCCUCACAUAAAGUGAAACGGGUCGUGGUGCCAUCUGGUUAUACUGACCCUUACAGUGGAAAGGAUGUGGCGCUGGUGGAACUGGCCAGCCCCGUUACCUGGUCAGAUUAUGUCAGUCCUGUAUGCUUACCCACCUCUGACACCCUGUUCCCAAGUGGCAUGAUGUGUACUGUCACUGGCUGGGGGAACAUCAGGGAUAAUGUCCCUCUGCCAGGAGUCGGGACUCUGCAGAAAGUGCAGGUGCCAAUCAUCUCCCAGAGUUCAUGUCAGGAGAUGUACCAAACAGACCCGACGGAGCAGGUGGACAUCUUGUAUGACAUGAUCUGUGCUGGAUACCAGGAGGGCGGCAAGGACUCCUGCCAGGGUGAUUCAGGAGGGCCUCUUGUUUGUCAGAUGGUAAACGGGUCCUGGGUUCAGGCUGGGGUGGUGAGCUUUGGAACUGGCUGUGCUAACGCAAACAAGCCAGGUGUGUAUGCCAGACUGAUCAGCUACUCAGACUUCAUUAGAAGCACAAUACCGGAGAUUCAACUCUAUGGCCAUGCUAAUCAAAACAAGUGUGCGGGGGCUCUUGUUGUGUUGUUCAGCUGUGUGAUCGCUCUACUGAUGCUACUUCAGAAAUGAGACUCUGAAAGAUAUUGUCCUGCUGGAAGCAACCACCAGAAGACGGUACGUUGUGGUCAUGAAGGGAACAACAGCAAGCUGUAG